AUGAUAUUCGAAUUGGUCGUCGACAGUCUUAUCGGCAGCACCCAUCUUCUCCAACACUUUUUGUUUUUUAUUUAUUCGUCAAACAAUUGCUUAAAUAGGAAAAAGAGAAAUAGUAGAAAAACAAAUAUAAUGGUUUUACAAAUAAAACUUGUGAAUAUUUUAAUAUUCAUUGUUGUUGGUAGUUUUCUAUCAACUAUAGGGUCGGUGAAUUCACAAGUAAUCACUUUUUAUUCACCACUCUUAGGUUACAAAUUUGGCGUCACCGAGUUCACUGUAAGGGGAACUGGUUUUGGUGCUGCACCUGAGCUCUAUAUCGCUUCUACCAGACAACUGAUGAUAAAGGUAGACGUCAAUCCAUCCGGUACCUCUACAUUCGUAUGGGAAAUCAGGAACCCCAAUAUAUUGGAUAGGAACUAUAUGAAAAUUCAAUAUGGUUUCACAGUGGUAUUUCCAGUUUUGCCAAUCGAAAAAAUUUUCUUUAAUUUUAUAACUGCAAAAAUAAAUUCUUUUACACCAGAAUUUUAUUAUCCUAGAGCUCUGGAUAAUCAAGUGACAUUGACCAUUUUUGGAGAGAAUUUAAUUUUGUUUGACAACGAUCCAAAACCAAUGGUGAGAUUUGAAAAUAAUGAAAAUCAAGGAGAAUUAAAAGUUGUCUCUUAUUCAAAAACUCAAAUCCAAUGUACCAUACCAAACUUGGAAGAAAAUGUUGCUAUGGAUUUCUCAAUCGUAGUCUACCCUCAAAGUCUUCCGGGUGGAGUUAUUGCACCAAGUCUCUUUUUCUAUACAAUACCACUUCAGAAUCAAGUGGUUCCAACAAGAGGAAUGUCAAACCAACAGCAAAUAACAAUUGUUGGAGGUCCCUUCCUUGAAUUCCCACAAAGCUAUGCGAUUGUUGUUGGUGGUCAAAACUGUACAAGAACUAUCUGUGAUUUUGUUAACACUCAAAACGUCCAACCUGGCACUGAGUUAGCUCUUCCAAUUACGUCAACCAUCGAUGGUCAGUUUGUCCUUGGUCUAGUUAAUUAUGUUAUUUUCAAACCAAAUAUCUUAAGUUUUAAUCCAAGUGCUUCAUAUUCAAAUACCGAAUUUGAUAUUUCAAUCAAAGGAAAUUAUCUUUCAACAGCUACCUCUGUUUUAAUUGGACCGUCACCAUGUACUAUUACAUCGAUUUCAGACAAUGAAAUUAUAUGCAAUUUUAAUACUAUUGGUGACGAUCUUGUUGGUGAUCUCGAUGUUAAUGUUUAUUUUGAUGGAGAUACUUUUGUUACCGGUGAUGAACAAUUCAUAUUCGUAGCGAGACCCUCGCUAUUAAAAAUCACACCAACCCAAAUCUUUACUGUAGGAGAAUGGGAGAUCAACUUAGUUGCACAACACUUCAUUAAUGGCAAUUACAUUGUUAUCAAUGGUGUUGAGAUGGAGGCAGUCCUUAUCACCGACACUCUUUACAAGGUUAAAGUAGAUCAAAAUACCCUGAAUUGGGCAUUGGGAGAUUAUGAUUUGACCAUUCAUUCCAAUUAUGAUCCAAAUGUAGUAUCGGAAUCAUUGACUUUAUCAGUUGUGGAUCCUUACAUAACAAUUAAUCCCAAUUUUGGAUAUUACUUCUCAGAAACUCCAGUUGAAAUUGAAUUUACAAAUUUUCCAAUUCAAUUUUCCCCGACUGUAGCAAUGGUUGCUACUCUCAACAAUCAACCAAUAGGUGGAAACAUCAUAAUUCUCAGUACCCAAAAAUUAGGUGUUACUGUUCCUCCAUGUACAUCUGAUGACAACAUGGUUUCUGUUCUUACCAUAGAUUUCACCUAUUACCUUUUCACAAUUUCAUUCUAUUUCAACUAUUUGCAACCCUCCUACGAUAGUUUCAUAAAGCCAGAUCUAACACUUUGGCUGGGUGGUGGUUAUUUCGAAAUUCAUGGUGCUAAUUUACAAGUAAUCACUUCUAUUCAACUGGGUGAUUCACUUCUCGAUAUGUCAAAGUGUACUGAUACAACCAACAUUUUGAUUCGAUGUGAAAUUCCAUCUCGUACUCCUGGUAAAUAUUUCAUGGUUUUGUUUGCCAAAGACAGUUUCAAUAUUGAUCAUCCAUACUCAAACGACGAUGAGUUGUUCAUUGAAUACAUGGGUCCUUCCCUUAUUUCAGUAUCACCAUCACGUGGAUCAAAAACAACACGGAAUACUCUUUACAUUGAUGGUACCAAUUUACUUGACGACCCCACUCUUAUUCAAGUAACUGUUGGGGGAUUACAAUGUAACAAUAUUCAAAUUAUUAAUCCUGGAUCACAGAUUACUUGUGUGAUCGAUCCAAUGGUUAAAGUUGGAGAGUUGGAUGUCAUUGUCAUUGUAGAUGGUGUUACAUCUGAUGUCAUUGGAAAAUAUUUGUCCUACUCGAUUUCUUGUCUAGGAAGAACUCAACCAGAUGGAACCAAUGAAGUUGUUGACUGGUGGUUUAUCUAUAAACUUGCAAAUGCAGCCGGAAAUCCCUAUUUAUAUAUUGACUCGAAAAUGGAAAAACUUGAGUUGUAUAAUGAUCUUCAACACAAACUACCUAUUCCAGAUACACAAACCAACCCCACUUUCAGUCCUCUGGAAGCUACAUUUGGACAGCCUGGUGUCACUUAUUCCAUAUACUACAACGAUCAAACUGGAAAGAGAACAAAUUCUGGCUACAGAGAUCAGUCUGCAUCGCAUGACAACUAUGGUCAUACCAAAGGAUUUACAUUUUGGGAGGAAAUUGGACAGACAAUCAAUGGUAUUCACAUUCACCAUUCUAACCCAUUGUUUCCAUCAAAGGCAAACGAUGGCAAUGGAUACAAUGGACCCAAACAAGGUAUCAAGUUUCUUGGUAAAAAUGAUUUCAGCCAACACUUUUUUUGUUAUUCGUACAAUAAUCUCGAAUUGGUAACGGAGUAUUUGGUCAAGAACUAUGCAUUUAUUACAUAUAUUUUGGGUUCUAAUGCAUUCCCUGAUCUUAAAGAUUCGGUUCCAAGACAACAGGCAUUCCCAUAUCUCUAUGACUUGCUAUUUACCAAGACAAAGAGUCAAAAUUUGCGCAACAACCAAUGUGAAGAUCAAAUAAAAAAGGGAAAUAGAGAUCUCCUUAAUUACUGCUAUUGGAUCUCAAAUACUGAAGUAAUUGGCAAUGGUUUGAAAGCCAAAUACUUUAGUAAGAUUGGAACCGCUGCAAACGAGAAUAAUAAAUUGUUCAAGGAUCCAUCAAGAUCAUCCUAUAUCUUGUACAAGAGACCCCGUAUGGAAUUUUUUGAUGGAGUCGAUCUCUGGAUGGUCGUUGCAGAUACAUUUGCAAAGAGAAUGUUUGUUCAAAUGUAUGCCUCCAAAAAUAAUUAUUAUCCAGGUCCUCCUAAAUACCCAAUGCAACCAACUGAGCAAAUUCUGAAUGUGUCUCAGUUAGAAUUGCCUCAAUAUUUAUGUCCUAAUUCAAUGUUAGACAGUGGCCCAAGAUUCUCUUAUAGCAACAAUGAACACGCCAAAAUAGCUUUUCCAAUCUAUCCAACAUAUUCAUCACAAAUUCGAAAUGAUAAUGAUAAUUACUUCUGUGUUGGUGAUAAUAAUAGACAUAAUGGUCAAGGUGAAAGAGGAGGUGGAGCGAUAUGUUUCCAGCAUGAUACUCUAGUUUAUCAAUUCAAUAGAAUGGUCAGAAAAUAUGAUACCUUAAAUGGAGCAAAUAUACAAACAGGACUUUCUACUGCUGUUAGUUUAUUCUAUUCAAUUGCUGUACCAAUUAAGCUAGAGAGACUAGGUCAACACCCAACUAUCAAUUGUGAAAUUAAAGAUUUCAUUGCCGGAGAACACUUUUCCAAGUAUCCAAGAGAAUAUACUACAGUUUUGCUAGAUACACUUGAUGAUGUGUCUGAUACUACUCUCAAUCUCCAGGUUCUCAGAACAACUAAUAACAACGUUGCCCCUGCUGGGCAAAGUGCGGUGCCAUACGUUGGUGGUGAUAAUCCAGUUGAAAUGGAUGUCAUUAACUAUUAUGCAGAUGACAUAUUCUCUUUACAUUACAUUGCUUUUGAUGAGCAAGUGGGAUCUAUUUGCGACUACGAUGGUCAGAUAUCUGAAUGUACAAUAGAAACAGCUCGUGUUUCAUUAAUACCAACUACCGAUGGUCCUCUCCCAGAUUAUCCUCCAGCACCCCAUCUGAGAUACAACAUGGUAACAGACAAAAGAAAUUUCAGCCUCAACGACAAUGAAGAUUUCAAUAUACUUUCGUUCACACAGAGUUACAAGGCAAGUUCUUUCCAAGGUGGUAACAUUAUAUUUAAUUAUGUGAUCAAUGAAAACAUUGUCGGUGGAGGUUACUAUGAUCCUCCAAGAAUCUUUAGACAAACUAGUGGUAUGUGUGAUGAGGAAUUAGCAUACUAUAUGACUCUCCACUUCCUUUACACUCAAUCCCCCAAUACCAAUUCAUUGAUUUAUAACGUUGGAGAAUAUGCAUCACCAAAUUGGGCAAAUGGUGUUGUUUAUGCUAUUUCCAAGAAGUUGCUAAAUCAUUUUUAUAGAAUGGAUACAACUCAAAUAGAGCAAUGUUUUUCAGUUGUUGAUGGUUUCACAGAUAUUGAAAACAAUCAAGAUGAUGAUGGUUCAAUGGAAGAUCCAGAUGAUUCAGUUCUUUUCAAGAGAAGUGCUAGUGCUGCUUGGGCUUGGAUGAACCCUAAUUAUGACGAUGGUAGCAAUGCUGGUAGAGCUUCAGACGAUUCUGUUCCAUUAGUAGAUUUAGCAAAUCUAUUGAGAGAUGUUCUUCAAGAUCAGGAUCACACCAUUGUGUCCCUUUCCAACUUUUAUGACCAUAUUGGAGUUCAGUACAGGACUGAUUUAAAUUUCAUAACUAUUCUACAAAGAUACUACCUUAUUCCAGUUGCUGUAAAUGAAGGUUCAGAUUUUAAUAUGGUUCAAAUUAAAAUGCCAGUCAGUUCCUUCUUCAAGAUACCGACUCAACAAUUACUAUCCAUUGACGAACUUUCUACAAAAACUGGAGUUCAACAGCUCAUUGCAACUCAACUGGUCAAUGAAAGCGAUAUUGUUUCCUUGAAUAUCUACCAAAUCGAAAAGCUUGGAGUUGCAAUAGACAAGUGGAUUUCGAUUAAUGGUCAAAGUCAAGCCAUUCAAGUACUUAUCAAGAACCCAGUCACUCAGUAUCACAAUCAACCAAUCAAAUUUAUCCAAGAACUGAAUCAUUAUCAACAUGGAAAUACCAUCGAUCUUAAGUCUCAAGCGGUUGGAACUACAGGUACCAAAAUUACAUUGACAUCUCCACUUUCGAUUUCAUCGAUUACUUUUAUUUUGGAGAGUAUCAUAAUGAGUAAAUCAACAACCAAAACAAAAUUGGGAGAUCUCGAGGUAUAUUACCUUCCAAAACCUGAAACCUAUAAAGGAUAUAUUACCAGUGAUUAUGAUGGAAUGAUCAUUUCAACAAUCAACUCUCAACUCUGUGAUAUCCAAAUGGUACAACAAUCAGAUUUCCUAUCAAAUAAUUUCGAUGUUACCUGUUCAGGUGUUGGUCCAAUUAUUACAUCUGUCAACAUACUUGAUGGAAUAACUGAUGGUGGAUACCAGAUUACUUUAAGUGGUAUCAGAUUCAAUUCAUCGAUGAUUAUUUCAAUCGAUGAUAAAGAAUGUUUAUCUACUGUAUUUAUUUCAUCAGAGGAAUUGGUAUGCCAGGUUCCAAGUGGUAUUGAAAAAUACAAGGAAAUUCAAAUUUCAACUCAACAAACCAUUUUCAAUAUUCAAAGAUCCAAGUUCUUAUUCUCUUAUGGUACACCUGUGAUUACCAAUGUAGAACCAGAAAUCAUCAAGAGCUAUGGUAGUGAUUUCAUGACAAUCACUGGAUCAAACUUUGGAAAUGAUAUAACAAAGGUACAAGUUUUGAUCGAUGAAAAACUUGAUUGUACCAUUGAUGUACUCACCCAAGAGUCAAUCAUUUGUUUGACACCUCCUGCAAUUGGUGAUCACAGAUCGGUUACUGUCAUUGUCGAUGAUCAAAGAACCAUUUUGAACAUCGAUACACUCGAACAACAAUCAUUCAGUUUCAGAGGUCCAGAAAUCAUCAAAUUCGUUCCGGCUUCAGGUGAUCCAAACGAUAAGAUUAUCAUUCUAGGUGAUGGAUUUGGAAGUUCAGAGGACAAUGACCUCCCACCACUCCUUUACAUCGGAGAUAACUUGGUUCAAAUCGAUAACUUUACUUAUGAUUUUAUCGAAUUUGAUUUGGAAUACGACACCUCAACACAACCAUUGAUUAUUCAAUCGGGCGACCAAACUAUAUCUUCACAAUUCACUUAUUAUCCAGCAAUCUUGACACAACUCAAUAACUCUGAUAUCACAACAACAGGAGGAUUGAUUGAAAUCCAGGGUAUUGGACUUGGUAUCUCCUAUGAGUAUGUAGAAAUCUACUUGAACUCUGUCGAAAUCGAUUGUAAUGCAUUCAACGAGUUCAUCGAAUGUAUGAUUCCAGCCGGAAUCGGAAGAAAUAUUAUCUUAACUGCAACACUCUCUGACGAACCAAUUGACUUGGCUGACAACUACACUAUCUCCUACAAUGCUCCCAAGAUUCUCAGCGUACUUCGUUCCGAUGUGCAAACUCUGGAAAUCAAUGGAUCGGAUUUCGUUCCAGUUGAUCUUGGAGUGGCAGUCAACCCUACAACCUCGAACAUUAAAUUACUAUAUAACGAUCGUACAGAAAUAUGUACCUCAUUCAAAUCAAGUGAAUUUGCUGAGUGCCCAUUCUCAGACGACAUGCCAACAGCAGUUCAAGUGAUGUUUUCUAAAAAACUUGAAACCCCAGAUGUUUUGGCAUCAUACAACUACUUUCAAGAACUAAAACAAUGUUUAUCAGCCAACAAGAGAAAGAUUUGUGAAAGAGCUUCGACUCUGCAGAGUUCAAUCAGAUUCGGUGAUCUAGAAAUGACUUUAUACCUUUGA